AAACAGCAACAAACACACAAAUCAGUGUUGGCUAAUAUUUCGCCCCGGCAUACGGGGCUUCAUCAGAGCAAAAGUAAACGAACUAACAAUUUACAAAUUUCAAAGAUUUCCACUUCAAAGAAGCUAAUAUUCCUGACUAUUACAUUUUCCACUUCCAAGAAGGAAGGAAGCAGGGGAAAAACCUUUCUCCCAGAUCACGUGAGACAUAUCUUCCAAUAAGGAACGUUUUUGAAGUCCCGUGAUCCAGUUCUGUGGCAUUGGCAGCAGCCUAGCCUGUCCAGUGAGCCUCUCGCGUUUGGAAGCCUUGCGAAGAACAUUUUAUAGAAAUAGAAGUGCAAAAUAAUUUGUGAAACUUUUGUUUAAUUGGGAAGUGUAUUCGGAUGACUCGAAAAAAGAAACAUCGACAUGCAGCACAACAGAAGACCGAGGGGAAAAAAAGAGCAGACUCUCCGAUGUCAGAACAAUGUUCUGAUGAUGGCGGUGUUCCUCAAGCAGAUGAUACAUUUGUAUUCCAAAUGUCCUGUCGGCCUAAUGGUUCCAAGUUAAACAAGCCAACAGAUUUCUUCACCAUGUUUUUCGCGGUUUGUGCAAAAGACAGUGAUAAAAAAAUCUCUUUUGAGAAGAUGCAGUUUUUGAAAGACGACAUUUUUCUUUUUCAAAGCAGCAAGAAACAUCGUAGAGCCGUUCAAGAGCUCCAAAGUAGAGGAGAAAGAGAAUAUGGUGCAAAGACAAUAAAAGUCUUGUCUAUUCAAAAUAUGAGACCAAAUCCAGAUUCUAAAACAAGCACUGUAGAAGAGAGUGUCUGCGUUGAUGGAAGAGUUGUCCGCGUUGUUGGUGAUAUAUCUUCUGUUGGGAUGGAUAAGCUUCGUUCCUAUGUCGAAAGUGAAGAAUCAGGUGGUGGCAUGAUAGAAGUGGAUGAUUUGAAAGCAGACCCCGCAACCAUAACUCUCUGGAAAAGAGAAGCUGCAUAUGGGCUCGUUGACCGAGGAGUGCACACAAUUAAUGGAAUUAGCGUUUCCUUCAUAUUAAAUCAUCCUGAACCUGAAUAUCCAAGUUCCGGGUUGCAAAACGAUCUUGAAAGUGGUUGUACUGUGGAAAUCGGUGGUAGUAUUCAGGAUAUAUGGAGCGAUGUGCUCGUAACUUAUUUCCAAAAUCAAAAUACGUCUGGUGGUGGUAAAAUACGGGAGCACAACCUCGACAAAAGUCCUCCCACAGUCACGUUUGUCGAAAGAGAGGCUGCAAAAAGAGUGGUGGAAAAGAGGACUCAUGUCGUAGAUGGCAAAGUAAUAACUGUUUGGUUUCCCGGCUCAUCUUCCCAAGAACCUGACGAAAAGAAAGAAGUUGCAGAAAGAGUCGUCAGGAAAGGGAAACACUGCAUUGAUAACAAAGAAUUUUUUGUGGAGUUUCCAAAAGCUGCUGCUGAAACUAGAAAUGCAGAGGAAACCAAUGCUGCUGAGAUAAGCAAUGAAAAGGAUGUUGAAAUUCACGGUGAACUGGACAAAAUCGGACAAGACACACUUUUAAUGUACCUAGAAAGCAAAAGGCGCUCUGGUGGGGGUGAAAUUGAAAAGCAUGACUUUAAUUGCAGUCCAGCAACUGUAACGUUUUGCAGUGCCGAAGUUGCAGAAAGAGUCGUCAGGAAAGGGAAACACUGCAUUGAUAACAAAGAAUUUUUUGUGGAGUUUCCAAAAGCUGCUGCUGAAACUAGAAAUGCAGAGGAAACCAAUGCUGCUGAGAUAAGCAAUGAAAAGGAUGUUGAAAUUCACGGUGAACUGGACAAAAUCGGACAAGACACACUUUUAAUGUACCUAGAAAGCAAAAGGCGCUCUGGUGGGGGUGAAAUUGAAAAGCAUGACUUUAAUUGCAGUCCAGCAACUGUAACGUUUUGCAGUGCCGAAGUUGCAGAAAGAGUCGUCAGGAAAGGGAAACACUGCAUUGAUAACAAAGAAUUUUUUGUGGAGUUUCCAAAAGCUGCUGCUGAAAAUAGAAAUGCUGAGGAAACCAAUGCUGCUGAGAUAAACAAUGAAAAGGAUGUUGAAAUUCACGGUGAACUGGACAAAAUCGGACAAGACACACUUUUAAUGUACCUAGAAAAUAAAAGACGGUCUGGUGGGGGUGAAAUUGAAAAGCAUGACUUCGAUUGCAGUCCAGCAACUGUAACGUUUUGCAGUGCCGAAGUUGCAGAAAGAGUCGUCAGGAAAGGGAAACACUGCAUUGAUAACAAAGAAUUUUUUGUGGAGUUUCCAAAAGCUGCUGCUGAAACUAGAAAUGCAGAGGAAACCAAUGCUGCUGAGAUAAGCAAUGAAAAGGAUGUUGAAAUUCACGGUGAACUGGACAAAAUCGGACAAGACACACUUUUAAUGUACCUAGAAAAUAAAAGGCGCUCUGGUGGGGGUGAAAUUGAAAAGCAUGACUUUAAUUGCAGUCCAGCAACUGCAACGUUUUGCAGUGCCGAAGAUGCAGAGAGGGUCGUCAGAAAAGGGAAACACUGCAUUGAUAACAAAGAAUUUUUUGUGGAGUUUCCAAAAGCUGCUGCUGAAAAUAGAAAUGCUGAGGAAACCAAUGCUGCUGAGAUAAGCAAUGAAAAGGAUGUUGAAAUUCACGGUGAACUGGACAAAAUCGGACAAGACACACUUUUAAUGUACCUAGAAAGCAAAAGGCGCUCUGGUGGGGGUGAAAUUGAAAGGCAUAACUUUAAUUGCAGUCCAGCAACUGCAACGUUUUGCAGUGCCGAAGAUGCAGAAAGAGUCGUCAGAAAAGGGAAACACUGCAUUGAUAACAAAGAAUUUUUUGUGGAGUUUCCAAAAGCUGCUGCUGAAACUAGAAAUGCUGAGGAAACCAAUGCUGCUGAGAUAAACAAUGAAAAGGAUGUUGAAAUUCACGGUGAACUGGACAAAAUCGGACAAGACGCACUGUUAAUGUACCUAGAAAGCAAAAGGCGCUCUGGUGGGGGUGAAAUUGAAAAGCAUAACUUUAAUUGCAGUCCAGCAACUGCAACGUUUUGCAGUGCCGAAGCUGCAAAGCGUGUAGUUUCAAAACCUGAGCAUAUAGUGGAUAACAAUGUUUUCAAAGUAGUGCGGCAUGCACCGAAGUCACCAGCUCAGUUUUUGCCAAACACCAUUUUGAUAUCAAACUUACACAAGGAAACCCAUUUUGAUUCUUUGAAACUUUACAUUGACAAGUUAUGUGGAGCUGAACCAGCUGAUGUCCUGUACUCCCAUGACAAAACGGCAGCCAUGGCUACUCUACCUGAGGAAAUCGACUGGGCAAAAGUUUCGGAAAUACAUAAAAAGCGACCCGCACUUAAUGAUAACAUGUUGAAGGUCGAACGUGUCCAAGAACCUGACAGUAUCUUCGUAAGCAACAUCCCGGAGAACAUAACUAAAGAACAUCUUUUGCUCAAGCUGGAGAAAGUUGCUGACGUGGAAUGUGAUUUUGAAAUGAACUAUAAAGAUGGACAAGGAUUCGCAAUAGUUGAAUGCAAUGAUUUAGAAGCCAUCUCAACACUCAAAAAGAAGAAAGUGGAGCUUGGCGGACAGCAUCUGGCUAUAGAGUUAUAUUUUCCAAAAGUUAUACCAGAUCAUGUUUGGAGUUUGAUUCACAAACAGCCAGCAGAAGUUCUAGUUGAAGCAGAUCCCUUGCUUAUCAAGCAUAUUAUGCGAAAUCACAAAAAGGAGAUUUCUACAGCACUGAAAUCUGAGGUUUACAAAAAAACAGAACUUUCUGCUAAUGGCCAGCAAACGUUGGUCUAUUUUGCUUUCGAAAAACAAACAGCAGAAUCUGAGCUUUUUGUCAUUGAUUUCUGUAAACAGUUUUCGAUAGAAAAGUGUCCAAGUGAAUUUGGUCAAGACAUUAAAGCUGAGAUAAAUUCAAAAAACUAUGAUGUUGCUGUUGAAGUAGAUCAAUCUGGUCAAAGUGUGCUUGUAGGUAAAAAGGUACACGUGCAAAAUCUGAUUAGUUUUAUUGAGAAGAUGUCAAAUGACGUCGUCGAAACGGAACAGAUAAUAGAGCUGCCAAAUCAGAAAAUUGAUGUAUUGAUGCUGCAUGGCUUCUUGCAAAAGCUUGCUGAGACAAUGAUGCUUAAAAUGGAACGAGGGAAUAACCAAAUACGGGUAAAGGGUAAAGAAUCCAAGUUGAUGUCAUUCGAAACAAAAGUUGCAAUUAAGAUUGGAAACAUUAAUGACCGCUUCGAGAGUGUCAGUUCUAGUAUAUUUAAAUUUCUUGAGGAUGAUAAAGUUCAUAAGAGUGUGGUGAAUCUCAUGAAAAAGCGUGACAUCCGUUUGAUAUUCAGUUCUGACACAGUACAAACAGGGGUGAGGUUUUAUGCGUUGGAAGAAAGGGAUCUAAAGAAUGGAAUCGAAAUCUUCAAGCAGCAUGUUACAGAUCAUCCAAUGGACUUGAAGAGCACCGAUGUUUCACUACUAAAAAGCAAAGAUGGUGUAGAUCAGCUUGACAUGAUCCUUAGUAAACAUCUCGUCCAUAUCGAGUUGCGGGAAGACAAGAUAGUUUUCACUGGUGUUGACGAAAUUUGUUUGAAAGCGACGAAUGAGUUGAAAGCAUUCCUUAACAAACAUGCUUACAGAAAGCAAACCCUUUCGCUUACUAAAGGCAGAGCAAGAGCAUUGUUUUCAAUUUAUGAAGAAGAGCGCCGUCAGUUGGAGACUGCUUUCAGUGGCAGAGAAGUUACGAUAAGCCUUUCCAGGGAUGAAUGUUGCAUUGAAAUAGCAGGCCGUGGAGAUUCUGCAACUGAUGUUGUUAGGAAGUUGACUGAUCUAAGCAAUGAAAUCAAACAAACUGAAUUCAUCAUGCAAAGGCCUGGACUUCUAAAAGUUAUAGAAGCGAAAGCAUUCAAAAGGGCGCUCACAGCAAUAGAAAAUUUGGACAAAGUUGUGAUAGUAAACGCAGAUGAAGACAAGGCUGGAAGUGUGCAAGAUGAGGAAAUAGAGAAAGAGUAUGCAGUUAUUUCGUCAAAUUUAGUAUGCCAGUUAAAGCUUGUUGAUGGAAAGGCUCUUUGUGUGUACGAAGGUGAUAUUACAGAUCACGAAUGUGAUGCUAUUGUAAACCCAGCGAAUGAAAAGCUUUGGCUUGGUUCUGGUGUUGCUGGUGCAAUACUUUCUCAAGGAGGCCAAACAAUACAAGAUGAAUGUGAUAAACUGGUUCAAGAAUACGGCCAAUUAAACGAGGGUGAGGUAGCAACUACAAGUGCUGGCAGACUUAAAAAUACAAAGAAAGUGAUCCACGCCUUUGGACCUCGUUGGCCGGUAAGCGGACGCUCUGUUGGCGAAAAAGAAUUGGAAUAUCGAAAAAAGGCUUGCAAGGAAAUUCUUUUUGACACAAUGAAAAACGUACUUGAAGAAGCUGAUCCACGCCUUUGGACCUCGUUGGCCGGUAAGCGGACGCUCUGUUGGCGAAAAAGAAUUGGAAUAUCGAAAAAAGGCUUGCAAGGAAAUUCUCAGUGGGAUAUAUGGUUUUCCCAAGUGGGAAAACCAUAUAUCCCACUGCUAAUAACCAAGUGUAGCAGUGGGAUAUAUGGUUUUCCCAAGGACCUCUGUGCCGAGCUCCUAACAAAAGCAGCUAGCACCAUGUUGAUACACCCUCUCUUUAAAACAUUGAGGGAAGUUCAUUUCAUUAACAAUGAUGCAGUAACGGUUACUAGUUUCCACAAAACUUUUUCGACUUUAUUCAGAUCCAAACCAGAAUUUGAAGAUUUCGGUCAACCAAAAGUUUCUCGCAGCCAUGUACGUGGAAAUUUAAAUCGGAAAUUUGUGGAUGAGUCCAACUUCCCAGGAAAAAGUUCAUCAGAAGGCGGCAAAUAUAUUUUGCUUAAUAAGGACCGAAAAAGAGCUUUAUCUGGCCUGCGAAUCGAGAUUGAGGUUGGGGACCUGGCAAAAGUGAAGGCCGAUGUCAUUGUAAAUUCCACUUCGUCAGACCUUGUUUUGUCCAAGAAUCCUAGUGCAAACAGUCUUAGUAAAGCCGCCGGACCAACCCUGCAACAGGCCUGCACCAGCCAUGUUGCGGGAAAUGGAAAUGUGCCCGAAUACCAGUUUGCUGUGACGAAAGGUGGGAAUCUCAAGUGCCAAUGGGUUUUCCACGCCGUUUGUGCACCUUACCAAGGGGUUGCUUCCGAGCAGGCUUUAGAGAAGUUCGUCGCUUUCCUUCUUGACGAAGCAGUAAAGAAAAAUGCAGAAACCUUGGCGAUGCCAGCUCUGGGAACGGGAAAAUUGGGCUUUCCCCGGGACAAAGUAGCUCGGAUAAUGAUACAAUCUGCUCAAGAAUUUGGUUCAAAGAUGAGGCAAAAUUGCCCUUUAAAGAAAAUCUUGUUAGUAGCCUUUCAUAGCGACACAGGGACAAUCCAAGCACUGGAACAAGCAAUGGGGGAUCCCUACUUGGCGACCCCAACCAGUUCAACGACAGCUGCUAAACGUGAAAGUGUUUCAACCAUAGAGGAGAGCGUUAAGAAGGCUGCUAUUGUCCAAGAGUAUGUAAAUGUUCUUGAUGUAGAAGGUUCGGCUAUCAAGCUUGGAAAAACUAUCAUUGAGAUAGAUCAUGGGGAUAUCACCGAAGAAAAAGCGGAUGCAAUUGUUGUCAUUGGAAACGAGACCCUUGAUUUCAUGGGAGCCGUUGGGAAUGCUAUUAUCCAAAAGGAAGGGCGCAAAUUUAUAUCAAAAGCAAAAAAAUACUCACCACAGGGUGCCGGAACAACCUGCCUUAUAAAAACAAAUAAUAUGCCUUCGAAAUAUGUUGCACAUAUCUACCCAAAGUCAGACAAAUUGGAUGAUUUGAGAGAAGGUACAAAGGGACUGCUACUAGAAUGUGAUCGAGAGAAUGUAAAAACAAUAUCAUUACCUGCGAUCGGAACAGGGAUUUUGGGAAAAAAGCCGAAAGAAUCUGCCAAUCUUAUUUUAAGUGCCUUUGUGGAGCUUUGUAUGGCGGAUAAGGUGAAAAAUAUUGCAAACUUACGAAUCAUAAUUUUUGAGAGGGAUAUGGUGGAUGUAUUCAAAGAACAAAUGUUUAAUAUGGUCGCCAAUCCUGAGAAAUAUUUACAUGGUGAAAACAAAGGCCUUGUAGACUGGAUCAAAGAAAAAUAUUCCAUUGUAAAGGAAUUGUUUUGGAGCCCAAAUAACAAAGUUAAAGGUGCAGCUAGAGAGCAGUACCAUCGGGUGACUGACAAAAAAAACCCUUUGAAGAUGGUGACAUGGCAUAUUUAUGGCAGAGAUACCAAAGUCCUAAAAAAGACUGAAAAGGAGGUAAGAAAGCUUGUGGAAGAAAACAUCACAACCCAUACAGUUAAAAAUGAUUUAUUUGCAAAGCUUUCGGAAGACAGAAUUGAAAAGAUCAAGGCCUAUACUGCUAGGAAUGAUGUACUCUUGGAACUUGAAAAGGACAGUGGCAGCAUGAAGCUGACUGGGUUCUAUCCGGACGUUGCGAAUGUUUUCGGGCAAUGCCACACGAUGGCUUUUGAAAACGAAAAAGCACAACAAGAGAAGAACAUGGAACAGAGCAUCGCCAAUUAUGUUCAAUGGAAAGAGAGAGGUGAUGAUGGAACGGUUAUUAAUUACGACCCAAAGCUAAACAGCAUUGUCGAAAAAGCAUUCAAAAGUAAGGAAAAGGAAAUGAAGAUUGACAUGGAAGAUAAUGGAACCGUUAGCGAGUUCUCUCUUGAUUUUGUAAGCAUGAAAGUUCGCAACGUGAAAAGCGGUCAAGAAAUGGAAAUUAUCAGAGAGGAACUUGGAGACAUAAAAAUUAAAUUGCCAGAUAAUUGGAAACCUAUGACAAAGAAAAGUGACGGGACCGAAAUGCCAGUGACCACUGAAAAGUUGUUACCCAGUUCCAAAGAGUAUACCGACAUUCUUAGCUUAUUUAACGCCACUUGUCCCUCCAAUCCUGUUGUUGAAAUUCAAAGAAUACAGAACCCACAUCUGUUCAAAUCAUUCAUGGCUAGGAAGGAAAGUAUGGAGAAGACUGCUGGGGGAAAUACUGCAAACGAAAAGAAACUAUUUCAUGGAACAAGAGGAGAUGCCGUUGGAGAAAUCAACGAGACUGGUUUUAAUAGAAGUUUUGCCGGCAUAAACGGCGUUGUUUAUGGAAAUGGUGUUUACUUCGCUCGUGAUGCUAGUUACUCAGUCCGCUAUGCUGCACCAGAUGCCAUGAGCAGGCGACACAUGUUCUUGGCUAGAGUGCUCACAGGGAAAUAUUGUGUAGGACAAAAUGGGAUGAAAGUACCACCAAAAGGGUUCGACUCAGUUGUUGAUAAUGCUGCUAACCCAUCAAUCCAUGUCGUAUUUUAUGAUAAUCAGUGUUAUCCAGAAUACCUUAUAAUCUUUUAGAUAAAUCUGUUUGACUCAGAAUUUCGUACUUUCUAGAAAAAGUAAGUCUACUUACACUCUUUUUUUAUAAGAAUAUUAUUUGUCCAGCCUCGAUAUCAUUAGCUUGGGUAUAUUCUUGAAGUAUUCUUAUCUUUUAAAAUUAUAUGGUUUCAGGAGAUAGUUCCCGCCCUCAAGUAGAAACCCCUUUUUUUGAAAAUCGAGAUAUAUCAGUAAGUCGAUUCUCUGUUAUAGCCGGUUUCCACUUGAUUCGCUCUGGUCGCGCGACUUGGCGAAAGCGAAUCAACCAAUCAGCGAAUCGGUGAACGCGACCGGUCUCUCAGCGAAUGAGGAAGUUCUGUUUGCGCAUGCUCCAAUGUCCAUUCGCUCAGUCGCGUGACCAGAGCGUAUCAAAUGGGAACCGGCCUUCAUGAACAUCGCGAUACAGGCAGAUGCUGAAAAACCAGCACAAAUGUGC